AUGAUACUUUUAUGUUUGUUGACUAUAUCAACGGCUUACAACUUUUGUGAACAACCAGACGAACACGAUACUGUUAGUAAAACUGAUGUGAAUACAUUAACAGAGGAAACAACACAUCAAGAAUCGGAACAUUUUCUAGUACCAGUACAAAGUCAAAUACUUGAUGUCAGUAUAAACAGAAUUACAGAGGAAAUGCAAACUGAUCUGAAAAUCAUUAAAGAAUAUGGUCUAUUCUGGCCGCAAAUACUUAACAUUGCUAUAAAUAGAUUCAGACGAUUUGGUCCUCUAAAAAACGAACCAGUUAUUGGGUUGUUGGAAUUUAUACUGAAAGAAUAUGAAGAAAUGUUUGCAAUUUUUGAUCUAUUUACAGAGCAAAAUGGGUAUAAAAACGAACAAAUAGAACAACUUUCACAAUUAAUUUUAUCAUACUUUAAUAAAGACGCUCCCAACAACUAUCAAUGGAAAUACAUUCAACACCUUUUAGAGACAAUGCAAAAGGUAAACAAUGCACUAAUCAAAGGGAAGUAUAAGGCCAUUCUUCGAAUUGAAUUGCAGUUGCCUUCGACACUUUUUAAAGCAUUUUUAAAUUUUUUGGAAAGAGUGGCUGCAAUACAACAUACAAACGAAAUUGCACACCUUAAAGAAGCGAUAAAACUGUUUGAGUUCUUUAGUAUAGAAGUUUUAAAAGUUGCACAAGAAGCAAAGGAAAAGUAUAAUGUAGAUGAAGAGAAACUUCACAAACUCUUUACACGAAUAAAUCUGAGCGAAAGAGAAAGAAGGAAAGUUAUAAUUCCUCCUGAAAAAUUAAGAAGGAGAGAGGCCAGAAAGGCUGAAAUACUUAACAAACAAACUCAAAAACGAAGUGAUGAACAAACUAAUAUUUAA